UUUGAGUAGGAAAAUUGCAUCUUCUCCCAAAUCAGCUGAAAAUAUCUCCGAUUCGCGCCUCUCCCUCUGCAACUCUGCUGCUUGUCGGCGAUGGCGACGUCGUUAGGGCUUGCGCAAACCGCAAUCUUAGCGGAACCGAAGGGUCAGAUUCAGAGCAGUAGGAUUCCGUUUCACCGUGGCUUGAGGCGGUGUUUUUCUUCUUCUUCUUCUUUUUCUUAUCCCCAUGCUGAUUCGCUGCUGUUUUCCAACAACCGCAUGCGAUUUGAUGCCUCCUCGGCUUCUCCCGUCGUCAGAGCCGUUGCCACGCCAACAAAGCCAGAUACUUCCUCUACGCCUAAGCGUAGCAGGGUUGAGAUUUUUAAAGAGCAAAGUGACUUCAUCAGAUACCCUCUUAAUGAGGAGCUUUUGACAGAUUCCCCAAAUAUAAAUGAAGCCGCCACACAAUUGAUCAAGUUCCAUGGAAGCUAUCAACAGACAAACAGGGAUGAACGUGGUUCAAGGUCCUACUCAUUUAUGCUUCGUACCAAGAAUCCUUGUGGCAAGGUUUCAAACAAACUCUAUUUGACCAUGGAUGAUCUUGCUGAUCAGUUUGGAAUUGGAACACUACGGUUGACUACCAGGCAAACAUUUCAGCUCCAUGGAAUUCUGAAAAAGGACCUCAAGACAGUAAUGAGUAGUAUCAUUAAAAGCAUGGGUUCAACUCUUGGUGCAUGUGGCGAUCUCAACAGAAAUGUUCUUGCUCCAGCUGCACCACUAGCCAGCAAAGAUUACCUUUUUGCACAACAGACUGCUGAAAAUAUUGCUGCACUCCUGACUCCUCAGUCUGGUUUCUACUAUGAUAUGUGGGUAGAUGGGGAGAAAAUUAUGUCUGCAGAACCUCCUGAAGUAGUAAAGGCCCGCAACGAUAACUCACAUGGGACAAAUUUCCUUGAUUCACCAGAGCCUAUUUAUGGUACUCAGUUCCUGCCAAGGAAAUUCAAAGUUGCAGUUACUGUGCCUACAGAUAACUCGGUGGAUAUUCUCACAAAUGAUAUUGGCGUUGUUGUUGUUUCUGAUGAUAAUGGGGAGCCUCAGGGUUUCAACAUUUAUGUCGGUGGUGGUAUGGGAAGAACUCACAGGUUAGAGACAACAUUUCCCCGUCUGGCAGAGCCGUUGGGUUAUGUACCUAAGGAGGACAUACUGUAUGCUGUUAAAGCUAUUGUUGUUACCCAACGAGAAAAUGGAAGAAGGGAUGACCGGAAGUAUAGCAGAAUGAAAUACUUAAUCAGCUCAUGGGGAAUUGAGAAGUUUAGAAAUGUUGUUGAACAGUACUAUGGAAGGAAAUUCGAGCCUUGCCGUGAAUUACCUGAGUGGGAAUUUAAAAGUUAUUUGGGAUGGCAUGAACAGGGCGAUGGCAGUUUAUUUUGUGGGCUCCAUGUUGAUAAUGGUCGUAUUAAGGGCAUAAUGAAGAAGACAUUAAGGGAAAUUAUUCAAAAGUAUGACUUAAAUGUCCGUAUCACACCAAACCAGAACAUUAUCUUGUGUGAUAUUCGCCGAGCAUGGAGGCGUCCCAUCACCACAGCUCUUGCACAGGGUGGCCUGCUGCAACCUCGGUACGUGGAUCCCCUUAACAUGACUGCAAUGGCUUGCCCAGCUUUCCCACUUUGCCCUCUUGCUAUAACUGAAGCUGAGCGUGGUAUACCCGACAUCCUUAAGCGAGUCCGUGCUGUAUUUGAUAAGGUUGGUCUGAAGUACAAUGAAUCUAUAGUGAUAAGAGUUACUGGGUGCCCUAACGGUUGCGCUAGACCCUACAUGGCAGAGCUGGGAUUGGUUGGUGAUGGUCCCAAUAGCUAUCAGAUAUGGCUCGGGGGGACACCCAAUCAAACCUCACUGGCAAGAUGCUUCUUGAACAAGGUUAAGGUUCAGGAGCUUGAGAAAGUUCUGGAACCUCUGUUUUACUAUUGGAAGCGGAAGAGGCAAUCCAAAGAAUCAUUUGGGGACUUCGCAAACCGCAUGGGAUUUGAAAAACUCCAGGAGUUAGUGGAGAAAUGGGAAGGACCAAUCAUGUCAUCAUCACGAUACAACUUGAAGCUCUUUGCCGAUAAAGAGACGUAUGAAGCCGUGGAUGAGCUUGCAAAGCUGCAAAACAAGAAUGCUCAUCAAUUGGCCAUGGAAGUCCUCCGCAAUUUUGUAGCUUCCCAACAGAAUGGCAAGAGUGAAUAAACCCUGACAACUCAAUUGUAGUUCUGAUGCAGAGGGCAAUGGCAAAGGUGAAUGAGUUAACUUGUUCUCUCUCAUUCUUUCUAUUGUUACUCGGUAAUAGCAGGCGAACCAAAUGGAACUGGAUUUUUGCACCUUUUUGGUACCUAGUGUAGUGAGUGUUCCAGAGCAACAAAAUGAUUGUAGUGUAACUAUUUUCUUAAGUUAUCAAUUAUUAGGAUAUUUUUCCAUUUUCCAUUGAUAAAA